CCCAAAGAAACAGUGAUACAAUUACACUAGACAAAGUCUUUUAAAAAUCAAGAAAGUUUCAAUUAAAGGGAAUAAAAGUUUACAUAAGAACACAAAAGCAUACAUUUAGGUGUUCUAUAUUUGGUGGUAUCAAACAAGCUGAAGCAACAACAUUGACAUUCUCGGCUGCUUCUUCACCAUCCAUUGGAAGGUCUUCAUUUGGUUGCUCAACAUCAACUUUCAUUGGUUCAUCUCCAGUGUCACUUGCUCCCUCUAGUGACAGGAAAGAUUAAAUAAUACAUCUACUCAAGAUCAGUACUUUCAGCCACCCACUACACAUACAUACAAGGAAAAACUCUUAGAUUAGGAUGGAAUGGCAGCUGGCUUGUUUUCUUUUUGUCUGUUUAUUAGAGAUGGUAUCCUCCGAUUGUGGAAAAUAUAACAUAAAGUUCUAUCGAUUAGGACACAAUCCAAGAUACCACACAUUCUGUAGCGAUGUGUGUGUCCCAUGGAUAAACUCAAAUUAUAAAGACCUUUGCUGGGACAAUCUUGAAACUAGGACUAAAUGCUCAGAAUAUGUUACAUGUUUGACUGCUACGACCACAAAACUACCACAAACAUCCACACUUACACCAACAUGGUUCACAACGAUGAUAACUACACAAAAAACAAUGACUCAUUCACCAGAAUCACCAAACUAUCUUUUACUAAUUGGUGUACCAGUGCUCUCCUUUAUCAUAAUUAUUGCAAUAUUUGGAUUUAUUCUGUACAAAUGUGGAAGGAAAUGCCUCAAGCGCAUGUUCAACACAUACUCUAAUCACUAUGGAAACACAGUUAUUGAGAACAAGGACAAUAUACCAGAGGGUCAAGAGUUAAUGGAAAUCAAGGUCGACAAUCAAGAGGGAGAGAGAAAUAUGGAAGCUUUUGCUGAUCCUGCAACUAAGGACAGGUUGGAUGAACAUCAUAAACAAUUCAGCACAGCAGCUACUGUUAGAGGGAAGCAGGUCCAAGCACCAAAUCCAGGUAAGCUCUAUGCAACUCCUGGUUCAUAUCCUUCGGAACUGCCACAUUCAUAUGACACCAUCAAGGACAAUUUAUGUUCCGACACACAACCAAAACAGAUCACACCUGAAUGAGGAUGUAAAAGACACUGUCAAUAGCUGAACCAAGCAGUUUGUAGACCACAUGGCAAGUUCCUGACGGGUGAGACCCAAGUCCCACCGAGCUGGAAUGGACUCCACCAAUGAUUCGCAUCAGUGCCCUACAUAGUUUCAUUAUGUGUCUUCUUAAUCAUUAAGUUGCAGUAUUAUAAUCGAGGAUUCACUUCAGGAGACUUUUGUCUGCUACAGAUAACUACAUGUAUAUGCACAUGCAAAAUAACUAGGCACAAGGUUUAACCUCUCAGCCUAACUAAAAUUGAUGUGUAUCAUAAUCAAAAACAGGACAAAACAUUGCUUGUUGUACAUAGUAAUGACAAGUCUGAUCCUGUACUUUGUAUGACAGUGUUCGUGUGGCAAUACAGAAUAAUAUGU